AUGGACAUCAUCUUCGCUGGUGGAAAUCUGCCCUUCGAGGACAAGCUCUUCAUCUUUCUCCAUCACAUUGUCGAGAUUCCCGGUCUUUUAUUGAGUCUAUUCGUCAUCUUCAUGAUUCUAUUCUACACACCGAAAUGGCUAAAAUCCUAUUCGCUUCUGAUCGCUAAUGUAACGUUGACCGAUCUGAUCGCUUGUUGUGCCAAUUUGUUCGUUAUGCAACGAAUCAUCCCAAUCAAACUCUCGCUCUUCUACAUCUCCUACGGCUAUUGCACAUUCUUCGGCUCACAUGUCUGUUAUAUUGGCUACUGUUUGAUGGUUUCCUCGAUUUCCAAUGGUCUCUACUCGCUGUGUAUUGCUUUCGUCUAUCGAUAUUAUGUGCUCUUGCAUUCGGGAUCCAUACGAACGAUUUAUCUGCUGUUCAUUUGCAUUCUAGUCGCUUGUCCGUCCGUUUUUCACGCGGUCAGCUUCUCCACCGUUGACGACAAUCCCGAGGCUCUAAAGCCUCUAUUGGCAUCGAUCUUCAGCUACAAUCUCACAAAUCUCGUCGUCUCCGGCCAUCUUUCGAUUCUCCGUUUCUGGACAAUGUACGCUAUCAUUUUCGCUUGUAGCAGCACCGUUGUCGCCUAUUCGAUCAUGUUUUUGUGUCGUCAGAGAGUGCUGAGUGCACUCACAAUAAUGGAUAUGAGUCCAAAGACGAAAAACGUUCAUCGAGACCUAAUGAUGGCUUUAACCGUGCAAUCGUUGCUUCCACUCGUCAUUGUCGUGUGUUCGAUGAUGUACGGCGCUCAGCAGAUGAAUUUCGUCCACUCAACCACCAUGGAACAUUUGGUUUUACUUAUAGCCGCCUUCAACCCGGUGCUCAGCCCGUUGUUCAGUCUCUAUUUCGUUCGACCAUAUCGAGAUUCGAUCCUCAAAUGGCUCAAUCGACCGAAGCUACGAAAAGCACAUUUGCUAAGCAUCUCAGUCGCUUAUUCGAUGAAA